ACACACUCUCUCUCUCUCUCUCUCUCUCGCCAUGUAUCCUUCUGCCACUAGUAACGAGUAUCAGAAGUACUCAGCGCCGCACAUGCCGACAGUGCCGCCUACGGUGGACCAAUACCGUUCAGCGACAGGCAUUCCCGUGGGCUCGACAGGCCAAUCCUACGGUGCGAGCAUCCCUGCCUUCCAAAUCCAAUCCCAGCCUCCUGGACCAUGGUCCUCUGGCCUCUGUGACUGUGGUGAAGACUGUGGCAGUUGUUGCCUAACAUGUUGGUGUCCAUGCAUCACCUUCGGUCGGAUUGCGGAGAUAAUCGACAGAGGAUCAACCUCAUGUGGGGCGAGUGGGGCAUUUUACACACUAUUAAUGUGUUUGACGGGGUGUCACUGCCUGUAUUCCUGUUUCUAUAGAUCAAAAUUGAGGCAGCAGUAUUCAUUGAAGGAGACCCCAUGCUGCGACUGCCUCGUUCAUUGCUUCUGCGAAUCCUGUGCGCUCUGUCAGGCGUACAGAGAGCUUAAGCACCGUGGCUUCUACAUGGAUAUUGGAUGGCAUGAGAACGUGGCAAAGCAGACCCGCGGAAUCACGACCUUGCCACCACUCAUUCAAGGCGGCAUGACCCGUUAGAUUCAAAGAUAAUCGUGGGAUUAUGGUCGUAGCGUGUGAUGAUUUAUGCAUGAGAAUUAGCUUUUAUGUAUGUGUUAAAAAAGUAGUAUGUGAACUUUCACAUACGACCUUUCUUUUUCACUGACACUUCGGUUUUUAAAUUGGUCCGGUCGUUGUAGUGCGCGGGCCACUUCUUAAGCUUUGAAUGAUUUCUGACAUGUUGGUAGGAAAAAAAAAAGCCUUGUAUUGUGAAAGUCCACUUUCUUUAUUUGUGUUAGUGGUAUUUGCUGGGCCAGUGAAUGAUAUAAUUAUUAGGGAACAUGUACGGGUGGAAACGAAAAUUGCCUAUGCUAUUUG